CUGGAGGAAUGAGUAUACGCCAUUUCAGGAAGUCAAGCGGGUUCGCGGGGCGGAGCUUCGUUUGAGCUCCGCCCACACCUCCUGGUUGUCAUAGUGACACUGAGGCCGCUGAAGUUGGCGUCUAACUGCUAGACACUAGCCGCUGACAUGCAGUACACCGGGAGCCAUUAUGUCGGGGCAUACGUAAACGGGAGGAUGGAGGGCAGUGCAGAAUAUGUCCUCCCUACUGACACGAGAUAUGUUGGGGACAUGAAGGAUGGCAUGUUCCAUGGAGAAGGAACCCUGUUCUUCCCCAGUGGGAGCAGAUUCGACGCCACCUGGGAGAAGGGAUUGGCGGUGAAGGGCAAGUACACCUUCGCUGACGGGCUGCAGUACGAGGACAGACACUGGCACUACUGUGACAGCUAUGACCGCAGGUUCUUCACCGAGAUCUGCUACGGCCUGAAGCCCUCAGGUAUCUCUCAGCUCACCAACAUGGACCCACCUAGAAAAAUCCCCCCAGGCUGUUAUGACUGUGGAGAUGGCUUCUAUAACCCCACCACCAGGGUCAUUAAGGAUUACCGAAACCGCUUUCUGAGAAAUGCAGUGCUUCCCAUCUGCAACCUGGGGCCUGAGCUGCUGGCCUGUGGGCCUGAUGUGGCAUGAGUCUUGGAUGCCGGAGGCUGAUACAACUGAUCCACCGCAGCUGGCACUCGGAGUUACACAUACCCUGCACACAGACCAGUUAUGGGUCUCUGCAUUACCACUAUCCACUGCUUAAAGAAGCUUCUCUGACCAAAAUGAGAGCAUUCCACAUAUGUGAGUAAAAACAUAGGUAUUUAGAAUGCAGUUUGAAAGCGUUUAGUAAAACAACAGCUAUACACCCCCACCCCAGCCCAGCCCCCCAGCCCGCUGCCCAGAGCCCAUGGUCUUUCCAAGUCAUGACUUCUGAUCUGGUUUAUAGUAUGAGCAGGCCUCAUAUCCUAAUCUGACAGGGCUGGUUACCCCAUAACCUACAUGCCAUUGUUGCACCAGAGGGCAUAUUUCCCAGCAGGUCACUGUUGCAGCGUGCAGGGUCCAGCUUGUCCUCUCUUCCCCAGCAGCCCACAGAGCACUUCCUGGUACUGUCUAAGCUAGUGAGCAGGGGAAGAGUUUCCUGGUCAACCUGAAGUUGAUUUCUCUAUGGACACUUUGAAGGAUGUGAUGGGCUGUGCAGAGUAGAUUUUUUUCCUUCAGGCCUCUCUGUACUCCCUUGGCUCCUCCCUGUCUCCAGAGUUCUAGCCUCCUUGGGCAGCCCUGCUGCUGGACUUGGGCUUCAGAGAUACCUUCUUUUCUUUUUCAGUGUGGACAGUGUGCUGCUUUAUGUGUGCGUGCCUGGUGCACACGAGGCCAGAGAGGGCAAUAGAGGCGCUGGAACUAUAGUUACAGAUGGUUGUGAGCCACUAUGAGGAUGCUGGGAAUUGAACCCAGGUCCUCUGGAAGAGCAGCAGCCAGUGCUCUUAACCAUCUCACCAGUCCUAAGAGAUGCCUUUCUUAUCUAAGGACUGUGGCACCUGUAGUUACUUUGAAAAUUAACUUUUCUUUUGAA